CAAGCGAGGCGAAGCGGCGGGGAAGGGGGGGCGAUGCCGACUCAGCGUGAAAGCGGCAGCAACAGCGGCGGGAGCAGCAUGUCUCACCCGGGCCUGGGCAGCGUCGGUGGCGGCCCCGGGGGGGACAGCGCCCACCAGGUCCGAGUCAAGGCGUACUACAAGGGGGAUAUAAUGAUAACGUAUUUUGAACCUUCCAUCUCCUUCGAGGGACUGUGUAAUGAAGUUCGAGACAUGUGCGCUUUUGAUGAUGAACAACUUUUUACUAUGAAAUGGAUUGAUGAAGAAGGGGACCCAUGUACUGUCUCUUCUCAGCUUGAGCUAGAAGAAGCUUUUCGGUUGUAUGAAUUGAACAAAGAUUCUGAACUUCAAAUACAUGUGUUUCCCUGUGUGCCGGAAAGGCCUGGAAUGCCAUGUCCAGGAGAAGACAAGUCUAUUUAUCGUCGAGGAGCAAGGCGGUGGCGAAAGCUCUAUUGUGCAAAUGGUCAUACUUUCCAAGCCAAGCGAUUUAACAGGAGAGCUCACUGUGCCAUCUGCACUGAUCGGAUAUGGGGAUUGGGACGUCAGGGAUAUAAAUGUAUCAACUGUAAACUCCUUGUUCACAAAAAGUGUCACAAACUCGUCAGCAUAGAAUGUGGCCGACAUGCAAUACCACCGGAUCCUUUAAUGUCAAUGGAUCAAUCAGCGGUGCAUCAUGAUAACAUAGAACCUGUGAUACCAUAUAAUCCUUCAAGUCAUGAAAGUUUGGACCAUGUCGGUGAAGAAAAGGAGGCAACAAGCAUUAGAGAAAGUGGCAAAGUAUCUUCCAGUCUGGGUCUGCAAGAUUUUGAUCUACUUCGAGUUAUAGGGAGAGGAAGUUACGCAAAAGUUCUUCUUGUUCGGUUAAAGAAGACAGAACGCAUUUAUGCCAUGAAAGUGGUGAAGAAAGAACUAGUCAAUGAUGAUGAGGAUAUUGAUUGGGUUCAGACAGAAAAACAUGUCUUUGAGCAGGCUUCAAAUCAUCCUUUCCUUGUUGGCCUUCAUUCUUGUUUCCAGACAGAAAGCAGGCUGUUUUUUGUUAUAGAGUAUGUAAAUGGAGGCGAUCUCAUGUUUCACAUGCAGCGGCAGAGGAAAUUGCCAGAAGAGCAUGCAAGGUUUUAUUCAGCAGAAAUUAGUUUAGCAUUAAACUAUCUUCAUGAACGAGGGAUAAUUUAUCGGGACUUGAAACUGGACAAUGUGUUGCUGGAUUCUGAAGGGCACAUCAAGCUGACUGAUUAUGGCAUGUGUAAGGAAGGAUUAAGGCCUGGAGAUACAACCAGCACUUUCUGUGGCACUCCCAACUAUAUUGCUCCUGAGAUUUUGCGUGGAGAAGAUUAUGGAUUUAGUGUGGAUUGGUGGGCUCUGGGUGUGCUGAUGUUUGAAAUGAUGGCAGGCAGGUCACCAUUUGAUAUCGUUGGGAGCUCUGAUAACCCUGAUCAGAACACAGAAGACUAUCUUUUCCAAGUUAUUCUGGAGAAGCAAAUCCGUAUUCCUCGAUCCCUUUCUGUGAAAGCAGCAAGUGUUCUAAAAAGCUUCCUUAACAAGGAUCCCAAAGAACGCUUAGGAUGCCAUCCUCAGACAGGAUUUGCGGACAUUCAGGGACAUCCCUUUUUUCGUAAUGUAGAUUGGGAUCUGAUGGAGCAAAAACAGGUGGUUCCUCCAUUUAAACCAAACAUAUCUGGGGAAUUUGGUCUGGACAACUUUGAUGCCCAGUUCACUAAUGAGCCAGUUCAACUCACUCCUGAUGAUGAUGAUAUUGUGAAGAAGAUUGACCAGUCUGAAUUUGAAGGCUUUGAGUAUAUCAAUCCUCUCCUGAUGUCUGCUGAGGAAUGCGUCUGAUCUCCUCCCACUUCAAAACUGUGCCAUUCGUUGCUUCCUUUUUCUGCAUGGGUUAGCAGCUUGCUGUUGAGAUGCAGCUGCUGAAAAACAUUGACCUUUUUCAUCAGCCAUAUAUCACCCAUAAGAUGAAUUCUUCUGUUACAAGAAUCUGAAAUGCUGUUCAAACUUGCUGCACAAAAGUUGAGCUGUCUAAUGUGAAUAUGGACUGACAUUCUGUUGGAAACGUAUUGCUCUGUAUUCCAAAGGGUCUUGCAUUUAAGAUUCAGAGUAAUGUUAUCAUGGCAGGUUAGACCUCAAAACUAAAUCUCAGAUUAGAAGAUGGGGAAUUUAUCUGAUGUGACUCUUUCUCUAUUUGUUUUCAACAUGUGAGGCUACAUGGGUACCAUCUCAAGUUGACUUUGACACUGCUGGUUCUCAGUUUGAGUGUACGCAAGUUGGUGAUAGUAAUGUGCAUUGCCAAAAGUAUGCAGAAGAUUGCAGUGGAAUUGUCAUGUAAUGCUGCAGCCCACUUCCAAUCCCUGAAUUUCAGGUUUUGUCUUCCAGGUUAGAAUUUCAGUUCAACUUCUGAAACCUUCUUAUGUGUAAGGCUAUACCUGGAGCUAUUCCUGAAGCCUUGAUGAAAAUGGCACAGGAUUAGUGUAAGAUUCUACCAGCUUUUCCAUUCCAUCUCACCAGACCUCCUUUCUUACUACAGCCACCCCCCACCCCCCACUAUGUGGCUUUUGUCUCUGUGAGUCCCACCAUCCUUGGCUUAGCUUUUCUGUUGUUCUCCACUGUAAAAGCUGGCAGGUCCCAACCUGUUUGUUUUUAGUUUUGUGCAUCCCAUUUUCUUGGGAACAAUCAUGGGUCUGUCUCAAGAGGAUUCUGUUCUUGAGGACCAUGUAGUUAACUUCAACGUUUCUUCCUAUCGUUAACUAAGUUUUGUCAGGUACACGUUCAUCAGGUUCACAUUGUCUGAUUUGUGAAUGAGUGCCUUCCUGGGCCUGUUCUUUUAACAAGGGCUAGUAAGAGGUGUGAUGUCAGUUGAAAUGAAUAGAACUAAACAUUUAAAGAACAUCUUUAGCAUAGAUAGGCAGCUAAUUCUCACAAAUAAGGCCUUGAGCGAUUUUCUUCAGAAUCUUGUCAUUCCAAGCAUAUCACAAUAGAUUCAGACAGCCAGUCUUAACUUGCCGCUUUAAAAAAUUAAAAGCAUUCUACCAUACCAGUGUCAAAGGAUCUCUCGUGAUGUUAGCAGUGAUUCUAGACUACACUAGAAAUCUUAUCUUUGUCCUAAACAUUCUUAAUGUUCACAUUAAUUAACAGAGCACAGGAAUAAAGGAAAACCAAACCAACUAGAUGGUUGAAGGUGCAAAUUCUAAAGGUCUAUAUAUUACUAAUAAAAAAGCUAGUGGAUUUUGUAUGUUGGAAUGCUCAAAGCUUUGGCUGCUUGGAGAAACUUUGUGUGUACUUUUUGCUUGGUUUUUAAAAUGCUUGUAAAAAGGGAUUUUAAAAGUAUGCACAUCAUUGUUGAGCGUUCCGUGAUGUAAUAUUAAAAUGUAUGGUACAUAUGGCAAUUACCUAUGAACCCGUUUUUAUGAACAUUGACAUGCUAAACUGAAGGAGGGAAGGUAACUUGUCUUAGCACUUGCCCUUACUAGUUGAGCUUGCUCAUGUUGGUUAUUGUGUUUAAGGAACUCUUAAUUGUAUGUUGUUGUAGUUUGGGGGGGAUCUCUGCAUAUUGGAUAACUUGGCUUCUAUCUUCUUAACGCUGAGUCCUUUUUCUGAAGUAUCUGAAAGUGGGCCACUAGCAGUGGGUACAUUUAAGUUGCAUGGUACAAAAUGGCAUUAUCAGAGGUACAUUUUUUAAAAAAAUCUCACAUCCAAGAUUUUUCUUCUUCUAAGCACAAAUUCAGUGAAUUUACAGAUGUUACAUAUGAUGUAUUUCCUUCCUGUAUCUGUGUGUGAUAACUAUUUCAUGUUGUGGUAUAUCUUCUUUUGUCAUCUUUUAACAAAAACAGCGAUAUGUCAAAAGCAAAAUGUCAAAGAUUUUUUAUUUUCGUAUUUGUUUCAAACAAGUGCCAUGGUAUUAAAUUGUGUAUUUUUAAAAAAAUAUAUGUUAAAUGUGUAGAAGCUUGUCUUAAAAUGUUGACUUAAAAUAUUGAAUUUGGACAUGAACUAUAAGGGAGCAUGAUGUUUGGGGAAUAACCUUUAGCGUAAAAAUUGGACUGAUGGGUGCUUCUUCUUUACUGUUGCUGCUGUGUGCAUUCAUUUUGCAGUCUUGGACAUUAUGUUGUAUAAUCUGUAUUUCUGCACACUUUUUUACUUUUCAUUUUUAAGUUUCAAAAUAAAACACAGCAGAGUUUUUUUUUAAUUUAAAA